ACCGCAUUUGCCUAUAUAUAUAAAAGUUAAGUACACACAACACCAAUAACAAUAGACACAACACUUCUUUUAUACAUCUUGAACUAAAUUUGCAGUAUGAGUCCUGUGGCUGAGAACAAAUGGGUCAAGGUGGGUCAGAAAGGAUCAGGUCCUGGACCAAGAAGCUCACAUGCACUCACGGUCGUGGGCGACAAAGUGUACUGCUUUGGCGGGGAGCUUAAACCAACGAUCCACAUCGACAACGAUCUCUACGUCUUCGAUCUCCAAACUCAAGAAUGGUCUAUAGCCCCCGCAACAGGGGACGCUCCUUUCCCCUGUUUCGGUGUCUUAAUGGUCCCUAUCGGCACCACUAUCUACGUCUACGGUGGCCGCGACGACACUCGCAGAUACAACGGCCUUUACUCUUACGACACUCUCACAAACAAGUGGGAGUUGCUGUCUCCCGUUGAGGAAGGGCUUCCCGGUCGUAGCUACCACUCCAUGGCCUGUGAUGAUCGUAACGUUUACGUCUUUGGUGGUGUUACAGCCAAAGGACGUGUAAACACGUUGCAUGGCUACGACGUGGUUGGUCGGAAGUGGGUUGAGUAUCCGGCGGGUGGUGAAGCUUGUAAAGGGAGAGGAGGACCAGGGCUUGUGGUUGUGGAAGGGAAAGUUUGGGUUUUGUUUGGGUUUGACGGUAAUGAAUUGGGUGAUAUUCAUUGCUUUGAUUUGGGUAGUGGUCAAUGGACCGCCGUGGAGACCACCGGGGAUGUACCGCCGGCGAGAAGUGUUUUUCCGGCGGUUCGUUCGGGGAAACAGAUUGUGGUAUAUGGUGGUGAGGAGGAGCCGCAUGAGCUGAUGCAUAUGGGAGCUGGGAAGUUGUCUGGAGAGGUUUAUAGGCUUGAUACGGAGACGUUGGUUUGGGAGAAGGUUGUGGAUGGUACUGAGGAAGGGAAGAAGCCGAGUCCACGUGGGUGGUGCGCGUUUGCGGUUGCGGUUAAGGAUGGUGAGGAAGGGCUGCUGGUGCACGGUGGGAAUAGUCCGACCAACGAGCGUCUUGAUGAUAUGGUGUUUUGGCGUUUCUAGUUGUGUUACUGUUAAUUAUCUCUACAAAGUGUCUGAGGGCUAAGGAGGUGUGUAGUGAGUGAGAACAUGCUACCUAUUCCAAAUAUAUUAGUCAUGUUCGUUUCAUAACCGCAGAGUUUAGCGACAGCGGCAAAGAAAAUGUACUACUACGGAGACCAAAAUAACAAAAUCAAAAGUUGCGGUAGACGCUACUGAAUUGCCGGAGACACAAAAAAAGAGACGCUUGUGUCGCAGAUAAUUUCAGCGUCCUUUGUCCUUCUUGUUAGUUGCCGCUGCGAUUGAAAAUAAGUCAGCGAUAUCUCACCGGUGGUUUGUAUUGCCGUGAUAAAAGGCUGAAUUUUUGGACGCUGCCGCAAGACGUGGCGGUUAUAAAACGAACAGGGCUAUUAUCAAGUUUGGUGUUUUGAUAAUUUUGUAAGAAAGAUAUUGUAGUGCAAUGACUGGGUGGAGUUAGUAUUAGCAUAUC